AUGGCUCCCGCUGCCACCCCUGCCGCUGCUGGCGUCCCCGCCACCGUCCCCGCCAAGGACAUCAAGGGCUCCUCGGCCGCGUCUGCCGCCAAGAGCGGUAGCUCCGCCGAGAAGAAGGAGGCCAAGGUCGAUGUCCAGCGCCUGCUGUCGUCGGCCGACAAGGAGGCCGUCCAGGAGCUGACCAACCUGGUCAAGAUCGAGGGCCCCUCGGCCCUUGCCGACCUCGGCAUCGAGAACGUCAUCCUCAAGGGCCUUGGCGACAAGAAGAACGCGGCUGGCCGCGAGGGUGCCUGUGCGCUCGUCUCGUCGCUCUGCGAGCAGGGCGUCGGCCACGAGGUCGAGCCGUUCAUCUACGAGAACGUCCUCACCGCCAUGGUCGAGGCCAUGGGCGACAAGGAGAAGGCGGUCCAGAAGGCCGCCCUCGAGGCGCUCAAGAGCUUUGUCCAGAUCAUGUCGAACUGGGCCGCUCCCCAGGUCCUCAAGGUCCUCCUCAACCAGGCCCGCACCGCCGGCAAGUGGCAGGUCAAGACCGGCUGCAUCGCCCUCCUCGAGGAGAUGGUCGUCGCCUGCCCCGACCGCAUCGCCGCCCACAUGCCCGAGAUCAUCCCCGUCAUGACCGAGGUCAUCUGGGACACCAAGACCGACGUCCAGAAGGCGUCGCGCGCCGCCCUCACCAAGCUCUGCGCCCUCAUCUCCAACAAGGACAUUGAGCGCUUCAUCCCGGCCCUCAUCAACUCGCUCAUUCACCCCGUCGAGGAGGUUCCCAAGACUAUCAUGCUCCUCUCGGCCACCACCUUUGUCCAGGAGGUCGACAGCCCGACGCUGGCGCUCAUGGUCCCCCUGCUCUCGCGUGGUCUCUCGGAGCGCCCCACGGCCACCAAGCGCAAGGUCGCCGUCAUCAUCGACAACAUGACCAAGCUCGUCGACAACGAGCGCACCGUCCGCCCCUUCCUGCCCAAGCUGCUCCCCGGCCUGGUCAAGAUCGAGCCUACGAUCGCCGACCCCGAGGCCCGCUCGGUCGUCAACCGCGCCAUCGCCACGCUCCGCUCCGUCGGCAACGUCACCGGCGACGGCUCCGACGCCAAGCCCCUCGAGGAGGCCGACCUCAAGAAGGUCACGCAGUCGACGACCAAGGCGCUCGAGGCUCAGAAGCUGUCGGCCCAGCCCCAGCUGACCGCCUACAUCGCGCAGCUCGCCACCAACCUCACCAACGCCCGCGACUUUGAGCCCACCGAGUGGGAGUCGGCGCUCGUCCCCUACGUCACCCUCGCCAAGGGCGCCACCGCCGAGCAGGCUUCGGCCGUCGUCAAGGCGCUGCUCAACGAGCUCGCCAAGGAGUCUGGCGAGGAGGUCGAGAUCUUUGACGACGAGGAGGAGGGCGAGGACCUGUGCAACUGCCAGUUCUCGCUCGCCUACGGUGCCAAGAUCCUGCUCAACACCGCCACCCUCCGCCUCAAGCGUGGCCACCGCUACGGUCUCUGCGGCCGCAACGGUUCCGGCAAGUCGACGCUCAUGCGCGCCAUCACCAACGGCCAGGUCGAGGGCUUCCCCUCGCCCGACGUCGUCCGCACGUGGUACGUCGAGCACGACCUCGACGGCUCCGAGGGUCUCAUCUCGAUCAUCGACUACAUCAUGGCCGAUGAGCGCCUCAACAUCACCCGCGACGAGGCCGUCACCACCCUCCGCGAGAUGGGCUUCGACGACAAGCGCCAGGCAUCGCCCAUCGCCGGUCUCUCCGGUGGUUGGAAGAUGAAGGUCGCCCUUGCCCGCGCCAUCCUCUUCAAGGCCGACAUCCUGCUCCUCGACGAGCCGACCAACCACCUCGACGUCGUCAACGUCAAGUGGAUCACCGACUACCUCGCCGGCCUCACCACCGCCACCGCCAUCAUUGUCUCGCACGACUCGCAGUUCCUCAACGACGUCUGCACCGACAUCCUCCACCUCAACCGCUUCAAGAUCAAGCGAUACCCCGGCAACCUCGACGCGUUCGUCAAGCGCGUCCCCGAGGCCAAGGCCUACGCCGAGCUCAACACGGGCGACGACUACAGCUUCAAGCUGCCCGACCCGCCGUUGCUCGACGGUGUCAAGACCAAGGAGAAGUCGCUGGUCAAGAUGAAGGACAUCCACUUCCAGUACCCGGGCACGCCCGAGCCCCAGCUCAAGGGCGUCUCGCUCCAGCUCUCGCUCGCCUCGCGUGUCGCCAUCCUCGGCCCCAACGGCUCCGGCAAGUCGACCCUCGUCAAGCUCGUCGUCGGCGACACUGAGCCCAACGCGGGAGAGGCCUGGAAGCACCCCAACCUCGUCAUCGGCUACGUCGCCCAGCACGCCUUCCACCACAUCGACCAGCACCUCGACAAGACCCCGCUCGACUACAUGCUGUGGCGCUACCAGACCGGCGAGGACCUCGAGGAGCACAUGAAGGCCACCCGUCAGAUCACCGACGAGGAAAAGGCCGCCAUGAAGCACGGCGAGGUCUACGUCCACGAGGGCGUCAAGCGCGUCAUCGACGAGAUCGUCGGCCGAAAGAAGCUCAAGAACUCGUUCCAGUACGAGGUGUCGUUCAAGAACAUGUCGUCGACCGAGAACAUCUGGCUCUCGCGCGACGAGCUGCUCAAGCGCGGCUUCGAGAAGAAGGUCAUGGCCGUCGACUCCAAGGAGGCCCAGCGCGCCGGCAUGCUCCGACCCCUCGUCCGCAAGGAGAUCGAGAAGCACUUUGAGGACUUUGGCCUCGAGCGCGAGUUCACCUCGCACAACACCAUGCGCGGCCUCUCCGGUGGCCAGAAGGUCAAGGUCGUCCUCGGCGCCGCCACCUGGCGCAAGCCCCACAUCCUCAUCCUCGACGAGCCCACCAACUUCCUGGACCGCGAGUCGCUCGCCGCCCUCAUCAAGGCCAUCGAGUCGUACCAGGGAGGCGUCGCCAUCAUCACCCACUCCCGCGAGUUCUCCGAGAACACCUGCAAGGAGAUCUGGUCGAUGGACAACGGUACCCUCGUCGCCUCCGGCCACGACUGGCAGGAAACCAAUGCGCGAGGAACGAAGCUGGGCGAGGAUGAGGGGACGGUUGAGGAGUGGAUUCUUGACGCGAUGGGCAACAAGAUCCCGAACCCCGCGUACAAGAAGAAGGAGAAGAAGGUGUCCAAGAGGGACGAGAGGAAGAAAAGGCUGGCUAAGAAAAGGCAAGGCGUCGAGGACGACGAUGACGUCGAGGACCUUUGA